AUGCAGGUCAGAAUAGCUAUCCGGGAGCAGCUCGCCGCGUUGGUGCUCCUCGCCGUCCUCAUCGCCCUCGCUGUCGUUUCGAUACCCACAUGGAUCUACGUUAACAAAUUUGUUGUGGGCGUAGAGUCUGACGGGCUCUCCCUCACAGCCUCCCUCAAAGCUGCUCGGUUAUCCUCCGAGAUAGAAUUACUCCAGUCGACAAGUCAGACCAUAUCGACGCGAAUCCUCAUCCAGCGCGCAUUCGAAAACUUCUACAAUGGCAAUACUAGUGCUAGUAAUUGGGUGAAUGCCCAAAACGAUCUGGAAAGUGCAUUGGGAACCGGCGCGGUCGGCAGUACGCUGUUGCAGGCCAGGCUGUACUCUAGGAACACUACUGGCUCGGCACACGGCCUUCUCAAUGUGACAGGAGAGGGAUUCGAACCAAUUGUCCUGCCCUAUACCUUGCCGGAUGGUACUCACCCCAUUUUAGAGGACUCGGCGACAGGCUAUCCCCCGAUGCUCUAUCCCAAUAUUACCUACAACGACACCGGCCAGCCCAACUCGGCUAUGCCUUCCACGCAUGCAUUCACAGUCAACGCUUUUCCAGAUGUCCGUCUUAGUAACAAUGGCGGUCUAUUGCUAGGGCCCUUGGUUAUAAACGAAACAUACGCCCUUGUGUCCCUCACUGUGCCUGUUAGGAAGAUCGGCAACACAAGAUAUAUUCUGGGCUAUGUCACGAUUGUUGCGUCUGCUGCUACGCUUGUCGACAUCCAGAGCUCCCGGGAGGGGCUUGGUGAUACCGGCAUGGUACUUCUUAUUGGGCCGAAAUCACAGUCAAAUAGGUUUCCGGCAGACAAUCCGGCGAGCAACUCGACGUACACUCCUGUCAACAAGACGGCUUUCGGCGAAACACUGAUGCAGUUCAUGCUGCCUCCAGUACAAGCUCCCAAGGGAAAGGACCGGCACACGGAGCGUAGCUACGAGUCGGGGCUAUACGAUGAUCCUUUCCCGCUUGCUGAUUACCCAGCCGCGUUCAAGGAUUUUGCGCAUCGCAUCAAUACUAUAAAUAAUGCAAGUAGUAUUCUGUCGACUAAGAACGAACAGGGAGACUCGGUUGCUGUUGGCUUUGCACGGCCGCAGACAGCUCUGGUGAACUGGACGAUCAUUGUCGAACAAGAGAGAGCUGAAGCGUAUCGACCGAUCAAUACUCUUCGAAAGAUCCUCCUGGGCUGUGUUUUCGGCACCGCGGGCGUCAUAUUAUUGUUCAUCAUCCCUUGCGCCCAUUUGAGUGUUCAACCCAUCCGGAGGCUCAAGGACGCGACGAAGAAGUCUAUUACACCCCCAGGCUAUCACGAUGACUUGGAGGAGUUCGAAAUCGAGGAUGAUGAAAUGGGGCCUUCUUCUGGGAGUGGAUCGCGAAGAUCCAAAGCCAGCACUUGGAUCGCAAAGAUCCGGCGAGAAAUUCGAAGGAGACGAAGGCGUAAGCAGGCCUCUGUCUCCUCCCGCGAGGCCCAGCGUCGUAUCUUCAAAAUUCCCGGAAAGGUGGAAGACAGGAAGCAUUUUGUCACUGACGAGCUGACGGAGCUCACAACAACAUUCAACGAGAUGACUGAAGAACUGGUCAAGCAGUAUACGUCAUUAGACGCGAAGGUGGCCGAACGCACUCGAGAGCUGGAAAUCAGCAAGAAAGCGGCUGAGGCGGCCAACGAGAGCAAGACCUUGUUCAUUGCUAAUAUUUCACACGAACUUAAGACGCCCUUGAAUGGAAUUAUGGGCAUGUGUGCCGUAUGUAUGGAAGAAGAUGACCUCGUCAGGAUAAAACAGUCUCUCAAGACUCUCUACAAGUCUGGCGAUCUAUUACUUCACCUACUCGAGGAUCUUCUCAGUUUCUCCAAAAACCAGAUUGGCCAACAAGUCAAUCUGGAAGAGAAAGAGUUCAGACUGGGCGACAUUCGGUCACAAAUGUUGUCUAUCUUCGAUAAACAAGUACGAGAGGGUCGGAUAACAUUCACCGUCGAAUUUCUUGGUCCUGAAAGUAUGGAGGCAAGCCCGAGCCCAGAGAGAGUCAGCAUUGAGAAGAAACUCCCGGCCCUUGGGCCGCCCGGUAUGGGCAGACUCAAGGACAUGUGCCUGUGGGGCGACCAACACCGAAUCCUCCAAGUCAUCAUCAAUCUGGUCAGCAACAGCUUGAAGUUCACACCGAAGGGUGGCACCGUCACAGUUCAAAUCAAAUGUAUCAACCCUGCAGACCCCAAGGCGACGCCACACGUCCAUAUACGAGAGCGAUCUCCAACCCCUCCUCCGCCAAACGCGAAAACAUUCAUGUUCGAAUUUGUCGUCGAGGAUACUGGGCCUGGUAUUCCUGAACAUAUGCAACAGCGUGUGUUUGAACCGUUUGUCCAGGGCGAUCUAGGCCUGAGUAAGAAGUUUGGUGGUACUGGACUGGGUCUUAGUAUCUGCUCCCAGCUCGCCACCCUUAUGGGCGGUAGCAUAUCCUUGAAGAGCAAAGUUGGCGUGGGGACUACCUUCACUAUGCAAAUACCGCUCAAAUAUGUGAAGGACAGAACUUCAAGCACGGCAUCCAGCAGUCUGCAAGGCUCUAGGCCGCCUAGCGUGGGAUCAGCAGAUGAUGUGCCCCGAAGCACCCUCAGUAAGCCUGUCGUAACGGAUGCCAAGUCAACCAGCACCACAGCAGUGCUUGACAAGCAGCCUCGCCUUGUGGGAUUGAGUCAACCUUUCUUCGCCACAACGCCGAACCCGGCAACCACCAGUAAAGAAGACCAGAUGGCGGCUAUUAGCCGUGCCAUGGCCAAUAAGGGUGGCCAGGGCAAGCUCCGAGUCUUGGUGGCCGACGACAAUUCAACAAACAUCGAGGUCGUCAGUAGGAUGUUGAAGCUUGAGGAUGUGUACGAUGUCACGAUCGCAAAGGACGGUCAGGAGGCAUUUGACCUAGUUAAGGCGAACAUGGAGGUCAACAAACGCUUCGAUGUCAUCUUCAUGGACAUUCAGAUGCCAAAUCUGGACGGCUUGCAAAGCACAAGACUGAUCCGAAAAAUGGGCUACAAUGCACCCAUCGUGGCUCUGACAGCAUUCUCUGAAGAGAGCAAUGUCAAGGAGUGCAUGGAGUCUGGAAUGGAUGAAUUCCUCAGCAAGCCUAUUCGGCGACCUGCUCUAAAACAGGUUCUGCAGAAGUUCGCCACGAUUCCAGAAGAGCCGGAGAAGGAGUCUUUGACCCGCAAGACAACUCCGGAAAAAACACCUACAGACACCGCGGAGAACCUUCCUGGCACUCCUAGUGAUGGAGUCAGUCCACUCACCGUUCCACCGCACCCGAACGGAGUUCCUCCACCGGCGGCCAAGUCAUGA